UUUCCUAUAAUAAUUAUAAUGCUUAGAUUACCCUUGCAGUUAUCAGAGUGGCUUGUUUUGGCAAGGCUUGUUUUCUUAGGAUAACCUCUCUCCCCCCGACUACAGUUGAUAUAAUAUUGCUUGCUCGCGUCGCGGAUUGAAAGGAGUGUGUCGAUUUGGGCGGAAUUACGCAUGCGUGCAGAAGAGUUGCUGAAAAACACCGAUCGGGCGCAGAAGCCGAAUUCGCCACUAAAGACCCAUUGCAAAACCACGCCUACUUCCGGCUUAUUUGCGGUUGCUACGCCGCCAUGUUGGAGGGCGCAGCACGGCCAUCGAAAUUCCUCACGACGUAGAUGCUCGUCUUUUCAGCGACGAUUAAGAGAUGGAGAGCUGGAGUCGGCAAGGCAACGUUGGACUACAUACUACCGUUCCGUUGCUACUUUCUUCUUGUAGUUUCACUUCGUAUGCGCAAGCUGCCUUUACUCAACCUAAUAUGACAACGCCAUAAUAACGUCUGUUACUUGCUGGAACAUUUUACAUACGUAGCUAUAUUAUCGCUAGAAAUGAUGAUGGUUAUGUAUAUAUACUUCCGUUACAGUACACUUAAUUAAGGCUCGCUCCGCUCACCCGAAGCAUUUCUGUUGUUAACCCUCCGCGCGCAUGCGCAGCGAUGGUUAGGGUACUACUUGUCUGUGAGUGUGUGUGUUUGUGUGACUACGCGCAACGGGACCACUGGUGCAAAUAGCCAAGCCCAUCGAUUUAGCUGUAUCGCGCAUGCGCAGUUAGCCGAGGGUUUGCACUCUUCACUUUUGCGCAUGGUCUAUUUGCGGAGAGGAGGGAGAAGACUAUGAUUGCAUGUGUUAUACAGGAACCAAGAAUGUUUUUCUUAACAUGCUAAUAGUGAUGUUUGUCAAGCAUUGUCUGGUAUUGAAGAAAAAGAAGUAUGUUUUAGUGUAUUCUUGACAAAAGGUGUAUAAUGUGUCUGAUUAAUGGGGUGAGUGUAGGUGAUGGAGCUGGAUGGUGAAAGUCUUUCUGUCGAGACCCUAAUGAAAAUAGGAGAAGGGGCAUGUAAAGUUAAGAUCUCGGAAGCAGCAAUUUCCAGGGUAAAGGCGUCAAGAGAGGUUGUGGAUGAUAUGGUUGCCUCAAAUAAAGUGGUGUAUGGAGUUACGACAGGUUUUGGAAAAUUUGAAGAUGUUGUCAUAUCUCAACAGCAGACAGGUGAACUGCAAGAGAACCUGAUACGCUCACAUGCAGCAGGUGUUGGACUUCCUCUUACUCCUCAGCAAACACGAAGAAUGUUAGCACUCCGACUUAAUGUGCUCCUAAAAGGAUGCAGUGGAGCACGACUGGAGACAGUGCGAAAGCUGGAAGCUGCACUGAAUGCCUCAUGUUUGUCUCUGGUUCCUGAGAAAGGGACUGUUGGUGCCAGUGGAGAUCUUGCCCCGCUCUCUCAUUUGGCGCUGGGUCUCAUGGGAGAGGGACUUAUGUGGAGUCCUUCUAGUGGCUGGGCCAAAGCUGCAGAUGUUCUGACUGCUCAUGGUCUCUCUCCUAUAUCCCUGGAAGCAAAAGAGGGUUUGGCUCUGAUCAAUGGGACUCAGUUGAUCACAGGAUUGGGUAUUGAGGCACUUGCCAGGGCUGAGCUCAUUACAAAAGAGGCUGAUGUUGUGGCUGCCCUCACUCUUGAAGUCCUCCAAGGAACAACUCGUGCUUUUGACUAUGAUGUUCAUGCCAAGAAGCCACACUGUGGACAACAGAUGGUUGCAGGCAGACUGCGUGCACUGCUUCACUCCAACAUCCAUCCAUCAGAAAUUACUGCCAAUCAUCAAAACAAGCACCGAGUGCAGGAUGCAUAUACUCUUCGAUGCAUGCCUCAAGUCCAUGGCAUUGUAACAGACACACUCACAUUUGUCCGAGGAAUCCUUACCACUGAGAUGAACUCUGCCCUCGACAAUCCGAUGGUGAUUGCCGAGAGACGUGAGUUGAUUUCUGCAGGAAAUUUUCAUGGAGAAUACCCAGCAAAGGUACUGGACUAUCUGGCCAUUGCAGUACAUGAGUUAGCCAACAUCAGCGAGAGAAGACAAGACAGAAUGAUGACCCCUUGUAAGAGACUCUCAUUUGUAAAGUACAGUCAGUGCUGUUAUGUCCUCUCAUAUAUAGCUCUAAGCAAAGCUGAGAAUGUAGCUGGUAAACAUGUGGAGAUUCCAGCCUUUGUGACACCUGGUGGUGGAUUAAACAAUGGUUUCAUGAUUGCCCACUGUACUUCAGCAGCACUAGUGUCUGAGAAUAAGGUGUUAACUCAUCCAUCCUCUGUUGACUCCAUUACUACUUCGGCUGGACAGGAAGACCAUGUGUCUAUGGGUGGCUUUGCUGCUAGGAAGGCAAUCAGUGUGGUUUCCAAUGUGGAACAGGUUUUGGCCAUAGAAUUGCUGGCUGCCUGUCAGGCAUUGGAGUUUCACAGGCCAAGGAAAACGACUGCCCCGCUGGAGGAGGUUUAUAAGCUUGUCCGCACUGUUGUAAGGCCAUGGGACAAGGAUCGGUACAUGACACCUGACAUUGAGGCAGCAACCCAACUCCUGAGGGGGGGCAAAGUCUGGGCAGCAGUGGAACCCUACAUCAACCACUACAGGGCUGCCUCAAAUGAGCCACCACCAAAGUAAAAAAGGAGAGAUAAACAUGACUACAAUAGCUAUAGUGUGUAGUUGACUAGCAUUAGUCAAUAGCUCGUUUAGGAUGUAGUGUAGUACAGUUGACUUGUACUGUGAGUUGUAAAAUACAGAUGAUAGUGUUAUUAGCGUUGGAAAGAGUUUU